AUGCGCUUCCUUUGUCUCCACGGCGCCGGCACAAACGGCGAGAUCCUCGAGAUCCAAACCGGAGGGCUCCGCCAUAGCCUCGAAAAGAACGGGCACACAUUUCAAUUCAUGAACGGCAAACUAGGCGCCAAAGUCGAAGAGGAACUCGAAGGCGUCGUAGACGGCCCCUUCUACAACCACUACGCCCGGGGGGAUUCACCAGGCUCGGGCGUAGCCGAAGCCUUUGAGCACACGAAGGCCAUAAUCGCAACAGAGGGCCCGUUCGACGGCGUGCUUGGAUUCUCGCAGGGUGCAGCACUGGCCGCAUCACUAAUAAUCAACCAUAACAAGACGCGCCCGGCAGACCCGCCGCUGUUCCGGGUUGCGGUGUUCAUCUGUGGUGCCCGGCCGUGGGAGGCGAAUGGGACGCAGCAUGUUGUGCGUUCGGGGGAGGAGCGUCCGAUUGGGAUCGUGACGGCGAAUAUUGUCGGUAAGCAGGAUCCACUGUAUCCUGAGAGUAUGGAGUUGUAUGAGCUCUGUGAGCCUUCUAAGGCGUCGUUCUAUGAUCAUGGGUCUAAGCAUAUGGUGCCGUUUGAUUUGAAGAAUACAGGGGAGAUGGUGCGGGUUAUUGAGGAGGCUAUUGGGAAGGCAGUUAAAGGGUAG